GCCACGGACGCUUUCUGUGCCCGGAAAUAACGACAAUAACUGGAUAUCAUACAAAUAACACGGCGCUGUUUGAUUAACGGGGAUGUUUGAUCGAUUGAUAACAAUAACUCCGGUCCGACGUAGAAGCUGCUUAUGAAGCCGCACGGCUGUUUGCCAAAUAAUGCUACAUAUUGCGUAAACCUCUGGAAAAUGUCCAUAUUCAAUGACCGUAAAUCAAGCUAAACGUUACAUGUAAAAGACAUUUCUACGAGAUCGAAUAUAAAGGAUCUUGUUCAGUGGCUGUGCAUGGGCCCCUGCUCAGAGGGGCUCACAGUGGCGCGGAGGGAGCAUGACGAGGAGGGGAAACCGUAAGCGAGAAGAAGAGAUGGAGAAAUAAUAAAGGACAAGCUUAACCGCAGUAUGGAGUGGCCGGCGGAUUUUCCUGAAGACCACGCCUUUGUGGAGCCGCCGGUUCCAGGCCUUCCCAGCGAGCUGGACUUUGAACAGCUCCUUAAAGACGCGGAGGAGAAACUCAAUCUCAAUGCCAACAGCAUUGAGCGUCAGCUGAAGGAGCUCCAGGCCAAAAUGGGAGACUCCCGGGAGCGUCCGCCGAGCCCUUCGGAGUGUCUGCAGUGGUUCAACAUCAAAGCGCACAACAGUUUCCGACCGGUUAACACUGGACAUCAAGAGCUCCUGGACUUUUUUGGAGCUUUGAACCAGUACCUUGGGUCUGAAGACGCUGGGAAAGAGGAGGUGACACUUCAACUACUGCUAGAUUUGUCUGGCCUUUGCGGCAUCUGCUUUCCCUGUACCCCCUCCUCUUCAUCCUGCCCCUCCUCUCUGAAUGCCUCCUCCGUCCACCUGGUUCAUCAAGUCAGAGAUGAUGCUCCAUUAGAGAUCCAAGAGGCAUGGAAUGAUGUCCGUCUCCAGCUUCAGCGUCACCUGCUGGACAGGCUGUCUUCCCAAUUCCCAGGUCAUCCCGCACCCAGACAUAUUUCUGUGACUGAACGGGUCCACUGUCUGCGACAGCUGUUCUUCCUUUACCCUGAGUCGGAGGCCCUCACACAUUACCAGGGUCUGAGAAGCCGAUCCGUAUUGGCUCUUCUGGUCUCUGCACUGAGCUCAAGCCCAGGCGGGGAGAGCGGCUUUGACCGACUGGCUAAAGGCUUCCGCAACGCUGCCCCGGCUCUGACCCAAGCCCUCCAAGAGGAGAUCCACGUCCUGUCACGACUAGCAGAACCAUGCACCCUCCUGGGUUUCCUGAACGUGGCCUACUUCAGCACAGUGGCCCAGGAACUGGCCUCCCUGAUGGAGAGAGAAAGUGAGACGGCCCUGAGGGACAACACCACGCUCAGUGGCAAGAUCAAGAAAUAUUCUGCCAGGUCUCGGGCAACCGUAGCACCAAUGGAGCUCCCCAUGAAAGGCAGAAGCUUCAGUUUAACAUCCCACCAGCUGAGGGCGUUAACCCAGCUCGCCUGCACCCUGCUCGGGUUUGAGCGGACUGUGAAGGAGCUGGUCACUAAUUUGACUGUUAUUGACUGCACAGGAGAGACUCGCUCUGUAAAAGGCAUUUUGAAAAAGAACCGAGAAGACUUAGAUAUGACCACAGAUUGCAAGAAAUCCACAGCUGAAGCACUUCUCCACAUGCCAGAGGCACAUGUUUUGGAGUUUGAUUGGAGGUCAGCGUUUAUAGGGCUGGUCCCUCACAUGGCCCACUGUGUUAAAGUGGUGCUGGAUGAUGUUUGCACAAAGAGUCUACAGAAGGAAGAAGCUUUACAUUCUUCAGGACAAACCUCCAUCACCCUGAGCCGCACUGGAGGACACACGGCCAGCGCAGCUGGAAACACGCAUCUCAGAGAAGACUCCUUCUACACCUACUCAGAGAGAGAGACUCCCAAAAUGAUAGCAAAGUUCUGUGGAGCAAUCAUGAGCGAGCUGGAUGCCUUACUACCGCUGGCAGCGGCCUGCAGGGACAGCUCUCUCCUGGAGGUGCGGUCCAGCUUCGUGGAGGGAUGUAGCAGGACAGUGUUUUCCAUGCUGUCCCGUUUGCAAGGCAGGGCCCUUGAGGUACCGUCCUCUGCACCUCUGAGGAACCUGCCAGCUCUGCUGGCCACUUGCAUUUAUGUGCACCAACGACUGGAGCACUACCAUGCAAGGCUGAAAGAUUCAAAUACUACUGCAGCCAAAGUAUCCCUAACUCUGCUGCCUAUUCAGAAGUACCAGGAUACAGUGGAGGCACUGCGAGACCAGCUGGUCACCUACUGUAUCCAGGUCUGUUCCACCUGCAUUCUCCAAGACGCAGAGAGUCACCACUGGGCCGACCCCAAACCUUUCUACGAGGGUGAGCGCUGCUCUUUCUCGGUACAGAUGUGGUUCUACUUCCUGCGUGGGCUGCGUAGCGACCUCUGGUUGGUGCUCCCGGCGGAGAUGGCCAAGGACGUGCUCGGCCAGGUGCUUUCAGAGACUUUACAGCUGCUGGUGCAGAGAUAUGCUAGGGCCCGUCCUUCGUACAAGAGACACAUGCAAAUCAGAUGUGACAUUACAGCAUUGUUGCUUUAUGUGGAGGAGCUGAUGUGGAGCGUCUGUGAAAGUCCAGAGGCCUUGGUGCGCUCCAAUCCUUCUACAGCAAUUGCCAUAAUCGCUGGCGGAUCAGACUGGCUUUACCAAAUCCACAGCCUGUGUGACCAACUCCUGACAGUCCUUGUCAUUGUCACUGCACCUCUAUCUCUGCUGUAUAGGGUAUUUAUGAAUAAUCCUGCAAUAGAAUCUACGCAACAUCAGCCUGACAGUCAUGUUGUCCACUGGCUGAAUGCUAUCAACCUCGACCUCUUCUCAGAGGAGGCCGUACGAGACGGCCUUUUGGGCCAGGCGGCUUCUUUAUGUCAGCUGAGGCUGCUGAACUCUGACCCAGGAUUCAAUCCCAGGUUGCUACUGCAAAUGCUGCUGUUCAAAGACUGUCACCUGUCCACAAUUCUCCUGGAACACACUCAUAUUUGCCAAGAAAGCUGCUUAGAGAUUUGUACAGAAAGCUGCAAGACAGAAGAAGAUUUGAAAGUGGCAUUUUUUAACCUCUUCAGUUGCCUGAACAAUGUUCCAAAGGCCUUGACUCAGAUUCUUCAACCAUACCUGGAAAGGUCACACAUGUGGGAACAUCUCUACACUCUGGCAGACACAACACAGGCCGCACCUGCAGUGAUCAGCUGUGUGCGGGCGAUAGUCACCAAGUCAACCAACAGCCUCUUGGUACACCUGGUCUCUAUGGUGAUGGGUUGGCAAACCACAGAGGAGCCCGGUGGAGCCUCAUGCAAGCAGAAUGUACCAGAAAGAGUCCUGGCUAAAAUCCCCAAGGACUGGAACUACCCACCACUCGAAGCACAGGGAAGGGAGACCAACUCUAAGACCGUCAUAUCCGUGAUCAUUCAAGCCUUGUCCUUCAUUUUCACCAAUCUGCCCUCGGCCGUGGCGUCGGUUCCUCUCCCCGUCCGCUUCCUUUUCCAAGUGGCAGAGAAGCACCUCUCCCAACAUGCUGGGCAGCUGCGCUUAAUGGGCCUGUUACUCUGGGCCCUGUUAGGCUGUCUGAUCCAGGGCCUGGAGGACUCGGACACACUAGAACAGAUCAGUGGUCUGGCUCUGGACCGUGGUGCAAGGGAACCCCUUUACCUCCUGGCUGAGUGCCUACAGGCUACCAUGGGCAUUCAACAGAAGGGUGUCCCCAAACCUACAGUGCAAAAAGUGCUCCAGGCUCUGGAAGAAAAAAGACCCAAGUGGACAAACAUACAGCUGCAGAAGGCCCGUAAGCUCUGCACAGACAGCGUGUUUGAGCGGGGAAAGGAAAGCGGAGUCGCUGCGGCUGAACUGACUGAGCAGAAAAUAGGCCUGAUGCUGCUGGAGAUCUGCCACAAAGCAGGUGGCAGCGACUACCUGAGGCAGAUCUAUCACAUCAUCCAAAGCAAUGAGGAACUACUGAUGUUUAAACUGAGUGGAAGACCUACGUCUCCCAAUAAUCCCCCUCACUCGAUGAACUUUGACCCCGCCAGUGAGGGUCACGCUGACACCGGAGGUUUCAAUCCUCUCUACCAAUUUGACCACAUUGGCAAGAAGAAGCUGGAUCAGAGUGCAGCAGUGGAUUGGGCUUGGGACUGGCCAAGGCUGCUGCCAGCAUAUCAGAGCAUGUGUCAGGUGACCUUCAAAACUCUGCUGGCCAACAGGUGGGAGAUGCAGGACGGUGCGGAGCUGGAAGAUGGAGAGAAAUUCAUGGUACACGAACUUCAGAGAGCUCAUUUUGUUUGCUGCUGCAGCCGGGGACCAGAGGACCCUCCCAAAGGCGACGAGACACUGGCAGAGGAGACCCAGGGGGAAGCUCAACACUCCCGAUAAAAGGGCUGCCCAAUAAUAUGCCACGCAGUAGGAAUUUUUAUCAUGUUGUAAAUGUUUUCCAGUCACACUCACUUGCAGCUCUCAAGGUACUAGGAUAAUGGUGUCUGUGUGUGUGUGUGUGUGUGUGUGUGUGUGUGUGUGUGUGUGUGCGCGCACGCACAUUUGUGUGUGUAAUUGGUGCCGUACAUGCGCUGUGUGCAGCAGGUUUGCAUAUCUGUGUGCAUGAAAACAUGAGUGUGAGAGAGCGGAAAAGAAACUGUGAAACAAUAAAAGGAGUGCAGGAGACUUUCCCUUCCUCCUUAUACACACGUCUCAAACAAACUCGCUGUGCUUUCCUUUGCUGCAUAUGGCGCAUUUCAUCUUUUCGCAGCGCUUCUACAGGAAUCAGUUCUGGGAAAUGGAGGAACUGGAUUUGUUUGCCUGGGACAAGAUGGGUCUGUGUGAUCAUUGUUGGUAGCUGAAGGUUUUUUUUUGAGACAGUGAGUGUAAAGGCGUCGGUGUCAGCAUAACUUCUCCUGGUUCCUGAAAGCAAACAUCAAGUGUCACAGUUGAAAAGCAAGAUGAUGUAUGUUUUGAUUGCGCUGCGUCCAAUUAAGCUGCACAACCAUACGGUAUCAGUCUGUAUUUUCUUCAAAUUGGAAAGACAUUUAUUUCAUGUGAAAUAGGAUUACUGAGUAUAGUUUUCCAACUUUGUCCAUAUUUAGUUAUUUAUGAGAAAAUAAAAUCAUAUUGUUACUCCACAA